CCCCCUUCAACACAAUCGUUUACGCAUUCAAUGCGAAAAACGUAUACGUACUCAAGCCGGUUUCAUCUUCUUGGGCGCGUGUAGCGUUGCGCGAACUCAGUGACGAGGCCUUGAUGCUCUUUGAUUCUAUUUUAAUCUUCUUAUGCUGUUAAUCGCCGACGACUCGCGUUCGCUUCCAUUGCCGUUCAUUUGAUACACACUUACGUACGAGGGUAUCGUCUUUCGCGCUCCAGUCCAGUCAGCUAGAUGACAACUUCGUCAAUACCUGAGCGUGAGAGACUCAGACAACGUCAGGAAAUGCGCAAGCCGCACACAAAGUCUCGCCUUGGUUGCCGCACGUGCAAACGGCGCAAAAUCAAAUGUGACGAGACGACCCCAGUGUGCAAUAACUGCACCAGGUUUGGCGUUCCGUGCGGCUACGAUUUAUCACGUCCACUACCGCUGCGCACAUCUCCAUCAGUGACGCGCGAGUCCCCUCGCCGAGGUCGACCCCGAUCCAACUGGACACUAUGGGCUGAGCAGAUCAGCGCCAGCAGCGCAGCUCGGGCCGUCAACCCUCUGUUGUCCGACUCGUGUUUCUGUGACAUUCCGCGACUGAACGUCGACGACCUCAGGCUCUUCCACAAUUACGUGAAGAGCACCGCGCGGGCCGUUGCUGAUAGCUCUCACGAUCAGCUCUGGAGUGAAGGCGUGCCGCAGCUAGGUUUCGAGUAUCCCUGCGUCCUGCACCUGAUGCUGUCGCUCUCAGCUUGGCAACUCUCCAGAGAGAAGCCUGGGCAGGCGGCGAGAUACGAAACACUAGCCGAGCGUCACUCGACCACGGCUUUGAAGGCUGCUACCUCUCUCAUGAGGGAACUGACGAGAGAGAACUGCCCGGCUGUGUAUAUAUCAGCCGCACUGAUUUGCUUCAACUCCUUCGCGCAAGGCCCGUCCGAAGGGAACUUGCUUUUAGUGGCGGACGACGGCCAGGUGCCAUGGCUUGCACUCAUCCGAGGCGUCAGACUCGUCGUUUCGACCAUGGGUUUGUCGGCUGUCUUCUCCGGCGCACUGGCGGACUAUUAUCCGCGAGCAUCAUCACCAGGUCCACAACAAGGGCAACAGGACAAACGUGAGUCACAGACACCCUCGCCUUUGGUGGCGACAGAGGAUUGGCGAUCAUCGCUUCAGAAGGUUAGAGAUUUAGUAGCUGUUCUUCCUAACCAGCAGUGUCGAGAGGUAUAUGCGCGCGAGGUAGAGACGUUGACAGGCUGCCUCGAAGCGACAUUCGGGGCUGGGCAAGAUGCUCGGGCGGGCACUGCUGGCGAGAUGCAAGUCGUCAUGGCGUGGGUGUACUCUGUCCAAGAUGAGUUUGUGGAGAGGCUCGGCCAGAGACACCCAGCCGCUCUGGUUAUCCUGGGACACUUUUGCGUCCUGCUGCGCACCUUAGAGAAAUACUGGUUCAUGCAGGGAUGGGCAGAGCAUCUUAUGACGGAAAUCCUACGAGCGACUAAAGUUGGAUGCCAAGAAUGGCUGGCAUGGCCCAUUCGAUACCUCUGGGGAGUCGCCCCAUGAAUAGUCGUGCGGAUUGAGUAAUUGUAGGUGUAUAAAUCGCACAUCCCUCUGGUUGACGCUUCGAUAGUGCAUGGCCGGCCUCGAAGUCUUGUGACAAGAGAGAGGAGUGCAUAUAUUCAUGCUGAAUGCGCAGUGUUAUGCGAGGAUCCCUGGCCGAAUCGUCGUCCCUGCCGGUUGCGAGGGGUACGAUAGAGGGAGAAGAUAAAGUCGAGAUGAUAGUCGAGUCAAGCAAGCAAGUGAAAAGAACGGCGCAGUGUCGGUACGAGAAUAACGAAGGCCCGCAGGCAGGCUUUUUCGCUACGACAGGUUUCGCGGUCAGUACAUGUAUGGGGAGCGUUGUGGUGCUUCAGCCCCCAUCUUGCCACGGAAAUGUACAUCCUGAGGGGCUGCUAGAUGGGACACUGCCAAU